AGAUUGGAACAACCGGUGCCUGCACCGACCGGGCCUCGCGCUAUUGCCUUGCGUCCGCCAGUGUUCUGCGUAUCGUGGCUCGACGUGGCUCUGCGUCGUUUCCUGGGAUCUGUUCGAGCUCCUCUCACCGGACACCAUGUACCCGUCAAGCGGCGGCUUCAAUGUGCCGUUCGUGCGCCAGCUGGACGGACCCUUUCACCCCGGCCGCGUCAUCGCCUUCAGCGGCACCAUCCCGCACCAUGCCUCCAGGUUCGAGCUGAACCUGCAGUGCGGCGGCGCGGAGCCCAGCAUGUCGGACAUCGCGCUGCACGUGUCGGUGCGCUUCGACCAGUACUGCGUGGUGCGCAACACCAAGCAGGGCGGCUGGCAGCACGAGGAGCGUGACGGCGGCAUCCCCGGCACCGUGCGCCCCGGCGCCGCCUUCCAGAUGCUGGUGCGCUGCGAGCCCCACGCCUUCAAGAUCGCCUUCAACGGCCAGCACUUCCGGGACUACCGCCACCGCCUGCCCUACCAGCGAGUGACGCACGUGAGCGCGGACGGCAACAUCCAGAUGUACAGCGUGUCCGGGGUGCUGGGGCCCUGCUCCAGCUCCACGCAGCAGACGCACAACCCGGGCGUGCCCCACACCCAGAUGAUCGGCUCCAUCUACCCUGGGCGCUGCCUCCGCGUCAGGGGCUUCAUUCCCCAUAACGCCUACAGGUUCAGCGUGAACCUGGCGACGGGGCCGUCCAUGACCGGGGACGACAUCGCCUUGCACGUGUCCACGCGGCCCUCCGAGGGCAUCGUGGAGAUCAACACCUGUCGGCGCGGCGGCUGGGAGAACGGCCAGCAGCACCGGCCCUGCCCCGUGCGCGCCGGCCAGCACUUCGAGAUGAUUGUCAUGGUGGAGGACUACAACUACAGGAUCGCGUUCAACGGCGUGCACUUCGCCGAGUGGCCGCACCGCCACCCGUACCAGCACGUGAGGAGCGUCAUCGUGGAGGGCACCGUGCAGCUGCAGCUGGUCAGCCUGGAGGGGGAGCCGCGGUCCGGGGGCUACGCGCCGCCGCCGCCACCCUCCUUCUUCCCGUCGCCCUACGACGACCCGCACCACUACCCCAGCCCCUACCCGAUCCUCUACUAGGACAUUCAGACCGGCCGCAGGCAGCCACAGCCUGUAUACGCUGCAUGCGACCCGAUUGGUUUUUGAAUCGUUUUCAAUGUGCAGACGCAAAGUAAAAAAAUACGAUUUCAAGAAAUCCUAGGAGUCACGAAGUCAAUUUGAUUAAGAGAGUGGAGAAAGAAAAGAAGUGGUGGUGUUGUGAAGUUGUGGCUCAGGGGACUACCAAU